ACCUCAUCAUUAGUGAAUCAGGUUAUAUGCUUUAUAGCACAACACUACGUCUUGGUACUUGAAGUCUGAAUUGUGAUAAUUAUUAUAAUGCUUAUAAAAACUGCAAAACUAUUCAGGAGGUUUAAAUACCAGAAUAUAUUUACUGGAAGAAAGCUGUGUUCCAACCCAACCACCAAGGUUGAGAAAUCUUGUUUUAACUUGUUAAAAACAAGAAUCGACAUGUGUGGCCCUUUGACAGUCGCAGACUACAUGAAGGAGAUAUUUAUGAACCCAAAGAUGGGUUACUACAUGACGAAGGACGUAUUUGGUAAAGACGGUGAUUUCACGACUUCUCCAGAAAUCAGCCAGCUUUUUGGUGAAAUGAUUGCCAUCUGGUGCAUAAACGAGUGGCAUAAGCUCGGCUCUCCUAAUCCUCAUUUCCUCGUUGAACUAGGCCCUGGAAGAGGCACAAUGAUGCAAGAUAUACUUAGGGUUUUUAACAAAAUAGGAAUGAAUAAUGCGGGUCUGAGUGUACAUCUUGUGGAAGUCAGUAGAGAACUGAGCAAGAUACAGGCAAAGAACCUGUGCACCACGGUGAAAGAGACCACAGGUGCUCAUUUUAUGGAAGGCGUUACUGAAACUGGGGUCCCUGUUUAUUGGUACAACAGCAUUGAAUCAGUACCAACGUGCUUCACGUUGAUCCUCGCUCAUGAGUUCUUUGAUGCCCUGCCGAUUCAUAAAUUCCAGAAGACAGAUGAAGGAUGGCGUGAGGUCCUCAUUGAUGUCAAUGAAGCUGGAAACAAGCUUAGAUAUGUCAUAUCAAAAGCACCUACUCCUGCUUCACUUUACUUCACCGCUGGCGAGGAGAAAAGACAUCAUUUGGAAGUUUCUCCCCAGGCUGGUAUGAUAAUGCAGCAUAUCGCACAAAGAUUAGUAAAUCAUGGAGGCUUCCUUUUGGUAGCUGACUAUGGACAUACAGGAGAAAGAGAGGAUACUUUCAGAGCAUUUAGAAAUCAUAGUCAGCAGGAUCCACUUUUAGAACCUGGGAUGUCUGAUCUUACAGCAGAUGUCGACUUUUCUUAUUUAAAAAAAAUGGUCGCUGACAAACUUUUAGCCUUUGGUCCAAAAAGCCAACAUGAUUUCUUAAAAUCACUUCAUAUUGACAUCAGACUGGAGGUCCUUCUAAAAAAGAGCAAAAGCAAAGAAGAAAAAGAGAUGCUACUUUCUGGCUACAAAAUGAUAAUGGACAGGGACAAGAUGGGCGAAUGUUUUAAAUUCAUGUCAUUCUUCCCUUCUGUCGUUAAAGAGCUCCUUGAACAAUUCCCUGUUGUUGGUUUUGAAAAUUAAAAAAAAAA